AUGUUUGUGCAAAAAUCUCAGAUCUCUGAGGUGGACAAUGAUAAGGGCACCUAUCGGCCGCGUGCCCAGUUCACGGAGCCGCCCCCGCAGUCAUGCGCGGACUGCUCUCACACGACCGCACACCUCUACGAGAUCUCAUGGUUCCAACCUGCAGCUAUCGCAUGGGCAUGCCCACAAUGGGAGGAGCACAAGCAGUACGCAGUCCGCCCGUACGCUUGUGGCUGUGGAGUCCUUCCAUCGCUUCCACUAUUCUACGCCUACGCUCCCCGUCGGCCUCAUGGCCUCCCUCCUCAUCCUCGCCGCCACAGCGAUGAAACGAGCCAAGGAUGCUCACUCCGCCAGGUGGCAGCACGUGAACCGAUGACGCCGCCGAGACGGCGACUAGAGAGGGCGCCAACGACGUCGUGUCGGGGGCGAAGCGGACGAUCUUUAUUCGACCUUUGUGACCGUGAACUGACCUUGGAGCGGUUUGUCUCGUCGGCUGGUUGGGCUCAGCGGCUUUGACCCUACUCGCUUAGAGUGCCUCACCCACCCACACCCCAACCCGUGUUAGUCUAUGCAAAUGCGGUUGUUGUUGUUGUUGUAGUUGUUGUUUAUUGUUGUUGUAGUUGUUGUUGUUUAUUUGUUGUAGUUGUUGUUGUUGUUGUUGUUGUUGUUGUUGUUGCACGUGCAGGUGUACCAUCACUGUAAAUACAACAGCGGACGUUUCUGGUCUGCCAGGGCUUUGUGUUGUUUCGGUGUUUAGAUCUGCCGCCCCGAGCUAGAGGGAAUAUUAUACGUGUUGACGCCCCCCCCCCCACCGUCCGUGUCGCUUGCUACUUAUCCAAGAUUUUCUACUGUGAAUCAUUUCUACACAUGACGUCACGGCGUAUUGUGUGAAAUGUUUGUUUGUUUAUUGUUGUUUUGUUGAGGCGUGUUUGUGUUUGCUCGCUGUGUAGCGCGAUUAGUGAGCCGUCAGUGCGAGCUUCAUGUUUUGUUUGUUUGUUUGUUUGUUUGGUUGUUUGUUGGAGAGGUUAACUGUUCAGCGUGAGUCGUCCGAGCUUACUGUGUUUCAUCACGUGUGAUCAUCUUUACAGCAGAGAUGUUAGCUAGUGAGCUUCAUGAAACCAGUUCACAGCCGACACGCCUGCCGGUGAGAUAUACAUACCAUAUCCUCUUAUUUUGUAAAGAAAUCGCAAUGAAUUAACGCGGACAAAUCGGAAUUGUUUGAAUGAUUGUUAUGUAGAUGCAUUAAUUUGUUAUCGAAGGACUUUAAUAAUAAAGCUUUGUGCCUGGUGACAUUCAA